GUUUUGCUCGCGUUUUGUGCAGCUAAGCUGAUGAUACGCCCCACCAAACUAAAUGGACCCCGGCUGCUUAUCUUCCUUGUCCACUUGUCCAGCUCAAUGUAUGUACAACACACACAAAUUGAAAGAGUUUGGCUGAUCAUGCUAUUAGGCAGAGAAAAGGACAUGAUAAAUUAUUGUGAGUGUGCAAUCACUCACGCAGAUCAUCGCGUUCGAAAAGUUGAAAAGUGGAGUUAUUUUCCCUGCUGCCGAAACCCGUUUUUUCAUCGCAAUUAUUACAACUCAACCCUAUUUUGGGAAUUAUUUAGUAACAUUGACUCCUAUUCCCACGGAACUGACCUUUAAUCGGUGAUCAUAUAAAGUGAUUGGGCGGCAGGAGGAGAUGUCAGACCUCAACAAGAAAGAGGAGGAAGCCAACAAGGCGGACGAGGAGGAACUCGAGACGAAAGCCUUUCUCAUGUCAAACAUUGCCGAGGUGGUGGGAGCGGCGGACCUACGCCUCACGGGUGACGAUGAAAAGAAUGGGGACGUGGAAGUGGGGAGUGGUGCACAAAAAAAGCGUGGCUCCGUGGGUCGGACGGCCCACGGGUGGAAACGAUAUUUGGGUGUUCUAUACACGAUGCUGAGCACGAAUUCGUUCUCCCUGUCGUCCACCGUUCUCAAAAAGUAUUCGCACAUCCACCCCUUCACCCUCGGCGUGUGGGCCUUCCCCCUCGCAGCCGUCUUCUCCAUCCCGUUCAUCGUCUACACCCUCCGCUGGGAAAAAAAGUCCGUGACGGACACUUUCUGGCCCAUCAGGCAGCACAAGAAGGUCGUCUUCUUCAUUUGGUUCCGUUCAGUGGCGAGCGUGAUGAUUUCGUACACGCUGAUCCUCUCCUUCAAAUACAUCUCCGUCGCUGAUACGCGAACUAUAAUGGCGGCUUCCGUGAUCUCAGUGUACUUUGCGGGCUGGAUGUUCCUGGGGGAAAAGUGCGGCCUGAUUCCCAUCUUCGUCGCGGUCCUCGCCCUGUGCGGCAUAGGCAUUAUGACACGGCCGCCACUUUUAACCGGGGCUGAGGCCUUCGACGAGAAUACUCUGAUUGGGGUCGGCUUCGCAGUGGGAUGCCUUCUUCUGGCAACAGUUAUCAUCGUCACGCUACGCUACCUGCAACAAGUUCACCACGGGGUUCUCAACUUCAUUCUCUAUUCUUGGGCGUUCGGACAAAGCUUCGUGCUGGCCAUGCUGACUGGCAACCUGGAAGCACCAGCCACUGGGAUGGACACGCUCGCAAUCACGAGCGUAGGAAUUCUGAUGGCGUUUGGCAACUUAUUUUUAGUUCUGGCCUUGCAAGUUGAGGAGGCAGGUGUUGUGGCUCUAAUCCGCACUUCUGAGGUCAUUUUCACAUUCUUUUGGCAGUUUCUCAUCAUCGGAGUGAAACCUGACGUUAUCAGCAUUUUGGGGGCAACCUUGGUUCUGACGGGGGUGAUUGUGGUGACGAUGAGGAAAUGGGUGGGCGCACUACCCGCGGAUAACCCCACCAGAAAGAAACUCGCUUUUCUACUCAUGUAGCUACUCAUUCCAUUUUAGAAUUUCAAUAUUUAGAAAAUAAUCAAAUAAAGGGUUGCGAUAAGACCAA